CAGAAGUGUAAUUCUGUAUUCAGUUGAUAUUUAAAGUUUAAGGUUUAUAGGUUUAAGGUUUUAUAUUUUCUGCUUUGACUUUACAUGUGAUAGUAGUGUUGUACUAGUUAACUAUAGUACCAGAUUAUGAGAAUUUACCACAGUAUAUAUAGUCUAAUACGGUAGUGAUCAAUUAUAUAUAUUGUCACAUAUUACAGAAUUUCCAUGGUGCUUUUUUCAGAUAAAAAGUCUGGCUGUAGUUUCCAUGAGUUCGAAAUCCCCACUGACGACAUCUCAGCAGACUAGUUCACACUGCGUGCAAAGAAUUUUGAGUGGAUUGAAAAUGCUUCUACUUCUGAGUUGCUGGAUUAUUGCAGGGGUUACAGCAGAGGACCCACCAACGAUGCAUUACCGGGUGAAAAAAAGCUCAUUAUGUCUACAAGUUGGAAAAUCACCACCAUUUCAAGGUUAUCGGUGGAUUUUUGAUGAUAAACUUAUUGUUACUGAUAACAACAUCACACCCAGGUACAAAGACAAAGUGGAUUAUGAUCCGGGGAACCACUCCUUGUGUAUCAAGAACCUCACAGAGACUGACAGUGGCACCUAUAAAGUCAGUAUCACUGAUUCUGACUUUAAUUUAUUUACUGAGACCCACACACUAAUUGUUGAAGAAACUGUUUCCAGACCUGUCAUCAGGAUGAAGGUGCUGCGCUCUAACAAAUCUGCUGGAUUCUGCAACAUCACAGUCAACUGCUCCGUCCAGGGUGACUGGGCGUGGUCUGUGUGUAAUGGAGUCAGUUGCAGAACAUCUCUGAUAUCAUUCGUGAAAGUCAACAUCACCAUCUCCUCUGACAACAGAACUGUUGUCUGCAGUGGACACAACCAUGUCAGCACAAGCAAUGCUUUUGAAAGCAUGGAGGCAAUGUGCUUUAAUAAAACGAAUCCUGAACAUAAAGAGGCAACACAACCAAUCACUGUAAUAGUAAUAGUAAUAGCUAUUGCAGUGUUUAUACUCCUCUUUACAUUUAUAUUCUUUUUAAUGACGGGGCUUUGCUCAUCAGAAUAUCAUCACCGUCAGGCACAGACGUCUAUGACUCAGUUAACACAAAGCCAGCCAGUUGAGGCAGAGCCACGCCCUGUGACCAGGGGCUCUACCUCUUCUUCUGGUCAGUCUGAGGCCUCUUAUGAAAACGUGGAAGCCACACAUCGCUGCCCAACCAUCAGCCAAAGAUUAUCAAGAGAGGAACUGGGGUCAGAGCAAAGUCCGAAAGUAGAUUCUGUCUACUGCGUUUUAGAGGUACCAAAUCUGACUGCCUCUCACAGAAAGAGUGACAGCAGUAAAGACACAAAAGGACACAAGAAGAUCCAAGAGGCAUCGGCUUCACAGUCAGCCACCUUGGAUGAAGCACAACGCCCCACACAAAUUGACACGGUCUACAGUGUGUUGCAAAAGCCAAAAAUCUGAAGUCACAGCACCACCAACAGGUCAAACAAGCUAUUUACAAGCCAAAGAGAUGAACAUGACAAAUGAAAGAAAAAGAGCCUUUAACCCAGGACGGACAGAUGAACAUUCAUGCAGUAUUUUGUUUAGACUGGAUGACCCAUCUUUAUGGAUUAUGCAGUUAUUUGGUACAGUGUUUUGGUAUUGUGGUGUUAGUUUUCUUUUUAUUCCUUUUUAUACAAUUUAUUCUUUACUUUUAUUAUCAUGAGCAUUUAUGUUAACAGUAACACAUACAUGAUUACUUGAUACAGUUUUUAUUUAUUAUGGAAUGAUCUGCUGAUAAUUUUCUCCAUUAAUCGACUGUAAACAUUUUGAUAAAUAUUAAAAAAUGUUGUUUUGUCAGUACAAUCCUCAAAAUUAUUAAAAAUACAUUAAAAUAAUCAAAAGGAAAAGCAGCAUAUCUUCACAUUUGUGAAGCUGCAACCAUAAAAUGUUUCUAUGUGAAAAAUGAUUUAUCAAAAAAUAGUUGCCAGUUAAAUUUCUGUCAAUCAGUGAAUGUACAUGCUGUACUUGUAUAAACUGUGGGGUAGUUUUUAAACUUUUCAUAUGUUUUGAGUGUACAAAUCUUACUGUAGUUGUUUUGAAUAUUACAAGUCAAAACAACAUCAAAUUAAGGAGUCAUUACCAUCCUGACGUUACAUUUUAGCCAAACAGUUUAUCACUGGGGGUUAUUACCUUUUGUUUUAGGUUGGAAGCCUCAACAGGAAGUGGUUCUUCUUCAGUUGCUGAAGCUGCUUCUACUUCCACUGCAGAACCCGUUGCAACUGUUCACUGUCAAGCAACUUUCUGACAGUAGAUAUUCCCAGUGUGCGGAGUUUGGUAGGUGUACAGCUGCUCUUUCAGUCCAAGUACCUUUUGGGAUAGCUCAGUGUUCAGUGCAGCAAGGCCUUCUACAUGAAUCCUGACACCCUCAGUCUCCUCAUAAAACUGUUCAUUAUCCAGGAAGUUCAUUUUCUGACCAAGUAUCCUUUGUGUUACUACAAAGAAGUUGUUGGGCAGUACUACAUUGUUCAUUUUAAAGGGCAGCUUCAAGCUGAAAUGACCAUCUUCAGGUGUUGCAGAAUAUUACACAAUCUCCAUGAUCUUGAUAUCUUCCAUUGAAGGACCUUUCUCCUCUGUAGCGCUCUCAUUGAAAUCAUGGUUGUACUGACUGUUUAGCAUUUCUUCCAACCAGCAUACAGAAAUACUGCUGACAAGGACUGAAGGAACAUCUGCUCCUAAGCCGUGUCAGCCAAUACUGUGUUUAUUUCAUAUGAUCCGUUUAUGACCUCCCAAGGUUCCAACAUCUAUCAAUAGGUCGACAUUAGCCUCUAAGUUGGGAAUCUGUCUGACUGAGGACUUCUGGUAGCUUAUAGAAGAUAUUGCUUUCAACACCAGACCCCUCCAGCCUGGGCAAUAAAUAUGCUCACAUCA